CGCGGGCCGGGGUCGUCCGCCGGGGCCGCUGCGGGUCUGGCCUCGCGUGGCCGCUGAAGCACCGGAGCGCCGCUUUCUGCGGGAUGAAGGGCUGCCCGCCGCCGCCGCCCGGUUGUUUAUGCGCAGGCGGCUCGCCGCGCCGGGCGCUCAAGGUCUGAACUUCCCUUCGGAGCCGCGGCGGGAGCCGGCGGCGGCCGAGGCAGAACCGACCGCGGGCGGCCGCGCUCGCAGGACCGGGGGCGCUCCAGGUACGAGGGAGCGGCCCGAGAGGGCUCAGAGAGCGCGGCAACAUGGCUUCCCCUCCCCACCAGCAGCUGCUGCAGCACCACAGCACCGAGGUGAGCUGCGACUCCAGCGGAGACAGCAACAGCGUGAGAGUCAAGAUCAACCCCAAGCAGCUGUCCUCCAACAGCCACCCCAAGCACUGCAAGUACAGUAUCUCCUCCAGCUGCAGCAGUUCGGGGGACUCCGGGGGCGUUCCCCGGAGAGUGGUCGGCGGAGGCCGCCUGCGCAGGCAGAAGAAGCUGCCGCAGCUGUUCGAGAGGGCCUCCAGCCGCUGGUGGGACCCCAAGUUCGACUCGGUAAACCUGGAGGAGGCCUGCCUGGAGCGCUGCUUCCCGCAGACCCAGCGCCGGUUCCGCUACGCGCUCUUCUACAUCGGCUUCGCCUGCCUCCUCUGGAGCAUCUAUUUUGCUGUGCACAUGAGAUCCAAGCUGAUUGUCAUGGUCGCCCCCGCCCUGUGCUUCCUCCUAGUGUGUGGGGGCUUUUUUCUGUUUACCUUUACCAAGCUGUACGCCCGGCAUUACGCGUGGACCUCGCUGGCUCUCACCCUGCUGGUGUUCGCCCUGACCCUGGCUGCGCAGUUUCAGGUUUUGACGCCUUUCUCAGGACGCGUUGACAGCUCCAAUCAGACUCCCGCAGCCAGGCCCACAGACACUUGCUUAUCUCAAGUGGGGAGCUUUUCCAUGUGCAUCGAAGUGCUCUUUUUGCUUUACACCGUCAUGCACUUACCUUUGUACUUGAGCUUAUGUUUGGGGGUGGCCUAUUCUGUUCUUUUUGAGACCUUUGGCUAUCACUUCCGGGACGAAGACUGCUUCCCGUCUCCUGGAGCCGGCGCCCUGCACUGGGAGCUGCUGAGCAGGGCCCUGCUCCACGUCUGCAUUCACGCCAUCGGGAUCCACCUCUUCAUCAUGUCUCAGGUGAGGUCCAGGAGCACCUUCCUCAAGGUGGGGCAGUCCAUUAUGCACGGAAAAGACCUGGAAGUAGAAAAAGCCCUUAAAGAGAGGAUGAUUCAUUCUGUGAUGCCGAGAAUCAUUGCUGAUGACUUAAUGAAACAGGGGGAUGAAGAGAGCGAGAAUUCUGUCAAGAGGCAUGCCACCUCGAGCCCCAAGAGCAGGAAGAAAAAGUCUUCCAUACAGAAAGCUCCCAUAGCAUUCCGCCCCUUUAAGAUGCAGCAGAUCGAAGAAGUCAGUAUCUUAUUUGCAGACAUCGUGGGCUUCACCAAGAUGAGCGCCAACAAGUCCGCUCAUGCCCUGGUGGGUCUCCUGAACGAUCUGUUUGGUCGCUUUGACCGGCUUUGCGAGGAGACCAAGUGUGAGAAAAUCAGCACUCUGGGAGACUGUUACUACUGUGUGGCAGGGUGUCCUGAGCCCCGAGCAGACCAUGCCUACUGCUGCAUUGAAAUGGGCUUGGGCAUGAUAAAAGCCAUCGAGCAGUUCUGCCAGGAGAAGAAAGAAAUGGUGAACAUGCGUGUCGGGGUGCACACGGGGACUGUUUUGUGUGGCAUUUUGGGCAUGAGGAGGUUUAAAUUCGACGUGUGGUCCAAUGAUGUGAACUUGGCCAAUCUCAUGGAGCAGCUGGGAGUGGCCGGCAAAGUUCACAUUUCCGAGGCUACUGCAAAAUAUUUAGAUGACCGGUACGAAAUGGAAGAUGGGAAAGUCAUUGAGCGCCUUGGCCAGAGCAUGGUUGCUGACCAGUUGAAAGGUUUGAAGACAUACCUGAUAUCGGGUCAGAGAGCCAAGGAGUCUCCCUGCAGCUGUGCAGAGGCCUUGCUUUCUGGCUUCGAGGCCAUUGACGGCUCACGGGUGUCCUCAGGCCCUAGGGGACAGGGGACAGCAUCAGCAGGGAGCGUCAGUGACUUGGCGCAGACUGUCAAAACCUUUGAUAACCUUAAGACCUGCUUUUCAUGUGGAAUCACAUUUGCUCCCAAAUCUGAAGAUGGUGCAGAGGGAGGAGCUGUCCAAAACGGCUGUCAAGACGAGCAUAGAAGUAGCACCAAGGUAACAAGCUCAUGGCUGUUGUUCCCGUCAGUUCCUCUCCUGGCGCAUCCACCUAAGGCUUCUGGAGGACCUAAUUCCAAAACUCAAAAUGGACUUCUGAGCCCUCCCAAAGAGGAGAAGCUCACCAACAGUCAGACCUCUCUGUGUGAGAUCUUACAGGAAAAGGGAAGGUGGGCCGGGGUGAGCUUGGACCAGUCGGCCCUCCUGCCGCUGAGAUUCAAAAACAUCCGGGAGAAAACAGAUGCUCACUUUGUGGACGUCAUCAAAGAAGACAGCCUGAUGAAAGAUUAUUUUUUUAAGCCGCCCAUUAAUCAGUUCAGCCUGAAUUUCCUGGAUCAGGAGCUGGAGCGAUCCUACAGGGUCAGCUAUCAAGAAGAGGUCAUAAAGAAUUCCCCCGUGAAGACUUUCGCCAGUGCCACCUUCAGCUCCCUGCUGGACGUGUUUCUGUCCACAACCGUGUUUCUCAUCCUCUCCGUCACCUGCUUCCUGAGGUACGGGGCCGCCGCCGUGCCUCCCCCACCCGCUGCCUUGGCGGUCCUCGGUGCGGCCCUGCUGCUGGAGGUGCUGUCUCUCGUGGUGUCCGUCAGGAUGGUGUUUUUCCUGGAGGACGUCAUGGCCUGCACAAAGCACCUGCUGGAGUGGAUUGCUGGCUGGCUCCCACGCCACUGCAUCGGGGCCAUCCUGGUGUCACUCCCUGCUCUCGCUGUCUACUCCCAUGUCACCUCCGAAUUUGAGACAAAUAUCCAUUUCUCCAUGUUCACGGGCUCGGCCGUGCUGGUGGCCAUUGUGCACUACUGUAACUUCUGCCAGCUCAGCUCCUGGAUGAGGUCCUCGCUCGCCACCGUUGUGGGGGCCGGGCCGCUGCUGCUGCUCUACAUCUCCCUGUGCCCAGAAAGUUCCAUAGUGAUUUCACCCCUCGAUGCAGUACAGAAUUUCAGCUCCCAGCGGAGUCCUUGCAAUAGCUCACUGCCGCAGGACAGCAGGAGGCUGGCCAGCCUCAUUGGCCAGGAGGUGAUCCUCGUCUUCUUCCUCCUGCUUUUGCUGGUCUGGUUCCUGAACCGGGAGUUCGAGGUCAGCUACCGCCUCCACUACCAUGGCGACGUGGAGGCAGAUCUCCACCGCACCAAGAUCCAGAGCAUGCGGGACCAAGCCGACUGGCUGCUGCGGAACAUCAUCCCCUACCACGUGGCCGAGCAGCUGAAGGUGUCCCAGACCUACUCCAAGAACCACGACAGCGGAGGAGUGAUCUUUGCCAGCAUUGUCAACUUCAGCGAGUUCUACGAGGAGAACUAUGAAGGGGGCAAGGAGUGCUACCGGGUCCUCAACGAACUGAUUGGGGACUUUGAUGAGCUCCUGAGCAAGCCGGACUACAGCAGCAUUGAGAAGAUCAAGACCAUUGGGGCCACGUACAUGGCGGCAUCAGGGCUGAACACCACCCAGUGCCAGGAUGGCAGCCACCCACAGGAGCACCUGCAGAUCCUGUUCGAGUUCGCCAAGGAGAUGAUGCGCGUGGUGGAUGACUUCAACAACAACAUGCUGUGGUUCAACUUCAAGCUCAGAAUCGGCUUCAACCAUGGGCCACUCACAGCCGGCGUCAUCGGCACCACCAAGCUGCUAUAUGACAUCUGGGGGGACACCGUCAACAUCGCCAGCAGGAUGGACACCACUGGCGUCGAGUGCCGCAUCCAGGUGAGUGAAGAGAGCUACCGCGUCCUGAGCAAGAUGGGCUACGACUUUGACUACCGAGGGACAGUGAACGUCAAGGGCAAAGGUCAGAUGAAGACCUACCUUUACCCCAAGUGCACAGACAAUGGGGUCGUGCCGCAGCACCAGCUGUCCAUCUCCCCAGACAUCCGCGUGCAGGUGGAUGGCAGCAUCGGCCGGUCUCCCACAGACGAGAUUGCCAACCUGGUGCCUUCUGUCCAGUAUUCGGACAAGACAUCUCUGGUCUCUGAUAACAACAUGCAGGCCAAGGACGCCCACCCAUCCUCAAAGAGAGCCUGGAAAGAGCCCGGCAAAGCCGAAGAAAGGUGUCGAAUUGGCAAAGCCAUAGAGAAAAAUGACUGUGAAGAGCUGGGAAUGGAAGAAGCUGACGAACUCACCAAGCUCAGCGUUUGAGAGCGGGAAGCAGCGGCCCAGGCCGCCCUGGUGCUCUGCGCGCCCAUCAGGCUUUCUCAGGUGCCGCAGUUUCUGUCCCUGGACGUGGUGUUAUGUGGUCAUUUCAGCCCCAACUUCUGUGUUAUCACAGUCAUUCAGGUUCAUUUCCACCUGUUUCUUCUUUCCUUUGCUCCCUUCUUGGGGUGAUCAGUCCCGCCACAUUGAGGAGAGCAAGUGCCUUCAGGGCUUGGCCUUGGCCUUGGCCUCAAGUCUAGGGACUGAGGCCGCUGGUGGAAGUCAUGGCUUUGCAGAUUGUCUGAAUUUUAAAACAAAAGCUAUGGUUAAGAUGUCAUUUUUAUUGCUUUUUCUCACAGGACACUUUUUUUUUUUUGGCCAAUACAAUGUUUUUGAAUUUAUUUUUUCUGCAUACAUCAUAGUGUUUCCCAGUUCCCUGACCUCUCUCUGUAAGCACAGACACGCACGCACACUUGCAUUUAUCGACCUGACAUCAAGUGCCAGUAAUUCACCCAGAGGGGACAUGCCAGCAGCGCGUGGGAAGAGCGCUCUGCCCCGCAGGCCCUGGCUCACCCGCAUGGUCCCAAGCAGUCCAGCCCUCAGAGGCUGGCAGGGACUGUGCCCCUGACAGUGAGUGGUAUCAGGGGCUCCUUCAUGUGCAGGCCCAGAUCGCAAAUGCCCCCUGCGCACAAAGCUUGGGAACCCAGCCUCAGGUCUCUCGAAGCCGUUUUUCACCCUGACCCUCUGCCUAGGAGUUCUUCCAUGCUGGAGCGAAGGUGUUUGUCUUGGAAGCUGACCCGUCUGAGGGGGAAAUGCCAAAUAAACGUCUGAGGGUCGCAUUUAUUUAUUUAUUUAUUUAUCAUGAGAUGUGUGCAUUUCAGGGAGGGGGUGCUGGGUUAUUCUAGUGGAGGGAAAUAGGCUAUGGGGGGUGGUUUCCAGAAUGAUGACAAGAUGUCCCUCAGUGUUUCGGCCACCUGGGGCCACUCCCCCCAUAAGGGCCCUGAGCAGGAUCUGGAGCCAUGUCCAGUGCACUUUGGAGGUCGGGGAAGCUCUCCAGCUGCUCCUGCCUGCGGGGAUCUGGAUGGAAUUCCGGCCAUGCACCAAGCAGGUCUGGGCAGGCAUUGCCAGUGCUGUCUCGGCUUCCACAAAUUCCAGAAGUUUCUCCAUCCUUCCCACUCUCGGACUGCAGAAGGCCUAUUUGUGGCGGGAUUGAAUCUUGUCAGCUAAUUCCAGCCUCUUGAGGCGGAAUCCUUACACUGUAUUUAGAGACAGAAUCAUAUGCAUGUGAAUGAGGUAUGGAGCUGGGGGAGAUGUAGGAAACCUAAGGAAAAGUGCUCUGUCCUCGUGGUCACUAAUCCUGUUUGUGAUGAUGUUUUCCCGCAUCGAGUCUGAAGUUCACGUCAAAUUGAGCUCAGGCGAAAGUUGCCCGGUCACAGCCACAGUCAUUUUCUCAGGCGACGAUCGGCGAGGCAGGCUUCUUGUCUGUUGAAGGUCUUCACUGCAUGCCCCACACGUCUUCCUUCCACUGGUAAAUCUCACUGUGUAAUGUUCCCAUCCCCAUUAAGUCCCUUGUCACUUCUCCCCAAAGACGUGCAGAGCCUGCGUUUUGGCGCAAGAAAUAUCCAUUCUGAUCAGCCACCUGUCCAGGGGACGCGCCUGGGAUGGCUACCCAUGUGCAGCUGGUCUCGGGGUGGGGGCAAGAACAUUCUCAGUAGCUGUAAGAUUGUACUUCAGGUGUUACUGUCAGUUUGUCAGUCUUCCAAUACCUAAGAAAGGCUGGUUGUGCCAAUACCUCUUGCUUCUAAAGAAUGUAUUCUUAUAAAAUACCGCAGAUUUUUUUUCCUUAAAAAACACUACCUGAUGCUUUCCUUGCACUUAGGGGGUGUGGACAUGUUAGGGUUUCUUUCCCAUCAGUAUUAAGGUGUGCAUCCAAGCGUCCUCCUGUCCUCUGCCCUCUGCCUGCAGGCUGUGUAGCUCCGAGGGGCUGGGUGGUUGUGAUGUCUUUGCUGUCUCGCUCCAGAUGUGCUCCAUGAAGUUCAUCUCGCACACACUUCUUCCCUACCAGAAGCUCUCCUUCCCCUACAACAGAGGUGUGUUCGUUCCUCACCCUGGGAGCCCACAGAGCUGCACACCCAAGGGAGAAGUCCUUCACCUCGGGGGGUUGGGCUAUUGCUGGGCAGACAGGAGCCUAUGAGGAAGGGAGCUCACCCAGAGUGUGAAACCAUCUUUAAAAACAUCCUGAGCCUUCCUAGAUAACCAAUCCAGAUGUCCUAUCUGGACCACGAGGCCCCUGGGGCCCUUCCCAGCCCCUGCCUUGAAGCGCACCUCAAUGCAGAACCACUGUGCGGCCCAACCUGUUGGCGCUGAAUAAAUGCUUGCUGGGGACAGAUAGGUUUCUAAGCAGCAGGCUCGAGAGCCAUCAGUGGGAGGGACGCGUUCCUCAGGGUGGCAGCACCUCCUAGGAACUUAGGGCAGGAAGCAAUACUUCAGAAUUGAAUGUGUGUAAAUAGUUGCUUCGAGUUGCAUCUGCUAUUUUCUUAUCUCCAGCUCAGAUCAAAUUAUAUAUAUAUAUAUGAUAAACAAGCACAUGUAAUUCUAUCUAGUGCAGACCAGUGUAGCGUGUCGGCUUUGAAACCCUUCAAUAGCUCGAGAGUCCCACAGAUGGUGACACAUCUGCACCCGACUGUCACCACCAACAUCCCUCCUGAGGACGACACCUGCACAUUUGUACCUGACACACAGAGCCAAAGGCCACGUGCUUCCCGCCACCAAGGCCAUAAUCAUUUGUAGUUUUCAAAGACACGUAUGCAUUUGAAUUUCUAGAUUUUGGAGGUAAGCAUUUGUUGAUUGGUUGUUUUGAAAAUCAUAUCAUGCCGAGCACCUGGAAUUAAAUGAGCAAGAACCAGCUAUUUGCAUUUUCCAUCUUUCCGUCGUCCUGCUCUUUCUAAAUUGUUAUUUCUAAUAAUUUCAAAAUGCAUUCACUGAAGAAAUGGACAUUAAAAUAUUCUAAAAAUCUC